UCGCCCAGGGUUGGCAAGACUGUCCUGCAGAAUGGUCGUCGGCUCGAAUCACACGCGUCGCGGUGAAACUGGCAGCAGAUUUACAAGCAACAACAACAACAGCAGCAGCUCCAGCGGCUCGACAGCAGCCUCCUCGGGCAGCAGCAGUAUCACCACCAGCGCAACGUCUUCACUAGCCAACAACCCCAGCCCCAGUCCCAGUCCCAAUACCAAUCCAACGGCGACGGCGGCGUCAGCGGCAGCGGCAGCUCUGUUGUCGUCAAUGUCCCACAAAGGUCAUGUUCCGGCACCACCAGCAGCACCACCAUCCGCGCAGCAGCAGCAGCAGCAGCCGCCGCAGCACUCGCAUUCGAAUCCGCACCAGCAGCAGGCUCAGAGCCAUCAUCCGCAUGCCCACUAUCAGCAGCCGCAGCACACGGCGACGCACCACCAUCACUCCUCGUCGAAUGGAGGAACCGCUGGAUCGGCUACAGGUUCGGGAGGAUCAUCAUCGUCAUCAACAUCAUCAGGUGGCCUUAAUGGCUGUCACAGCAACGGCAGCGCCGUCAGCCGUUUAUCCCAAUCCACUGGAAUGUCGCCACGCGAACUCUCCGAGAACGAUGAUCUGGCCACAUCGCUGAUCCUUGAUCCGCAUCUCGGUUUCCAAACCCACAAAAUGAACAUUCGCUUUCGGCCACUGAAAGUGGACACGCAGCAGCUAAAGGCCAUUGUCGAUGAUUUUAUACACACGCAGAACUACGAUGUGGCCAUACAGCGCAUCUACGAUGGCCCCUGGAUACCGCGUCACCUCAAAAAUAAGAACAAGAUAGCCACCAAGCGGUUGCACGAUCAUAUCGUUCGCUACCUGCGCGUCUUUGAUAAGGACAGCGGCUUUGCGAUCGAGGCCUGCUAUCGUUACUCAUUGGAGGAGCAGCGCGGCGCCAAGAUAAGCUCAACGAAACGCUGGUCCAAGAACGACAAAAUCGAAUGCCUGGUGGGCUGCAUCGCAGAGCUGACCGAGUCCGAGGAGGCGGCCCUGCUGCACUCGGGCAAAAAUGACUUCUCGGUGAUGUACAGCUGCAGGAAGAACUGUGCCCAGCUAUGGCUAGGACCGGCUGCGUACAUUAAUCAUGAUUGCCGUGCGAACUGCAAGUUUUUGGCCACCGGACGCGACACUGCUUGCGUGAAGGUGCUGCGCGACAUCGAGGUGGGCGAGGAGAUAACCUGCUUCUACGGUGAGGACUUCUUUGGCGACUCGAAUCGCUACUGCGAGUGCGAGACGUGCGAGCGUCGCCAUAUGGGCGCCUUUGCCGGCAAGGAGGAUGGCCUAAUGCUCGGUCUUAGCUCGGGCCUAGGACUGGGUCUCGGUUUGGGCACCGGUGGUGCCGGCAACGGCGGUGGCUAUCGGCUGCGUGAGACGGAUAAUCGCAUUAACCGCAUCAAGAGCCGUGCCAACUCCACCAACAGCACCUCGAACAGUAAUAGCAACACGAAUGAUUCCACUGGCACCAGCGAGAGCAGCAGCAGCACUAAUGGUCUUGGAGGAUCGGCAGCAGCAGCUGCAGCAGCAUCAGCGACAGCACCUGCAGGAACUGCUGUGCCUUCAGUUCCGGGCACCGCCCUACCGACACCAUCUCACCAUCAGCCAACGGGCAAGGAGGCCACUGCCGCCGUCUCUUUGCUCGAGAAAAAGCUGCCAACAAAUGUGGUUGUGUCGCCGCUGACAAUGAAGGAGCUGCGCCAGAAAGGCAUGACCAAGUACGAUGCCGAGAUGAUAAUGGCCAAUGCGGCAUACCAGCAGCAGCAUCAUCACCAGCACCACUUCCACCACCACCACCAUCAUCAUCAUCACCACCAUCAGCAGCACAAUCAUGGCCAGCAUGCGAGCACCGGGGCCGAGGCGACGGCAGCCGUGCAACAGAUGGCCAUGCAAAAGCCAGGAGGAGGAGGAGGAGGUGGCACCGGCACGGGAACUGGUGUGGGAGCUGGAACUGGUGGCGGAACCGGAGCAACAGCAGCAACAUUAGGCGUGGCCAGCGGAGCGGGCUCCGAAGUGAACGGCAGCGGCAGCGGUCGCUCGAGCAGCCUUCGUAAAUCGAUGCGAGUGAAUAGCACCAGCAGCAGCAUUUCCACAGCCUCCACCGAUGAGGUGGUGGUGCCCGUUACGAGCACAUCCCUAAUGGUCCUGGUGCCCCGCUGCAAGCCCGCUGAAAUUGCGGCCUUACUCGAGAUGCGACAGCAACGCCAGCUGAGACGCAGCGAGCGGCAGAAGGAGAAGCAAACGGAUAGCGAGAGCAGCGAUGCCAGCGAGCAGGAGCGGGAGCGGGAGCGGGAGCAGUUGGAGGAUCAGCAGCCGCGCAAAAUGUUUAUUCUCUCGGAGGAGCAGCCGCCGCCGCAGCAGCAGGAGAAGCAGGAGAAGCGUGUGACGCGUAACAGUGCGGGAAGAGCGACGAGUGCUGCUGCUGCCCCUGGAGGAGGAUUGGGAGCCAGAUUAGCCACUGCCCAAAACAAUAACAUGGCAACCAACAGCAGCAGCAGCAGCAACAAAGCAACGAUUACAAAUUGUAAUAAUCAUAAUAGUACUAAUAGCAGUAGAAUUAACCAUAAUUCUAAUCUUAGCGGUAGACUUAGUGUUAAAUCAAAGAAGCCAGCACCAAGUGAGGCCUCGUCCACAUCCUCAACCACAUCCACAUCCACAUCCUCAAAGCAGCAACAGCAACAGCAGCAGCAGGCAACGCGUCGCAGUCGCAGCCACAGUCCCGCCUUCAAGAAGAACCUUUUGGCCAGCUUUGAUCCUCCCAAGGAGCAGCAUGAGGAAGGAGCCAAGGAGCCCCCCGUCAAGCAGAAGCGUAGUCGCAGGGCGGCCGCUUUGGCAGCAGCCCAAAGUAUACACUGUGAUGCCCUGGGAACGGCGGCGGCGGGUGAUCGUGGAGCAUCAAAUAGCCAGCGCAAUAAGAGAUCCAACCAGGCCAGUUCAAACGCUGGGGAAGCUGUCUCCGCCUCCGCCACCGCCACCGUCACCUCCGCCUCCACCAACAGCAACGUGGAACCGCUGCUGAAGACGCCAGAGCGCAGGCUUAAGCUCACGUUGCGUAUGAAGCGUUCGCCCAUUCUGGACGAAGUAAUCGAGUUGGGAACGAGCCUGAGCAACGAUCAUCGUCACUCGAUGCGACACAAUGGCGGCUUGGGACGCAGUGGGGCAACAGCAACGAGUGGAGCGGCAGGAGAAGGCCUGCAAGGAGCUGGAUCAGGAGGAGCUGCCGGCAGAGGAUCGUCUGAUGGCGGAGCAUUGAAUCUAACCGGUAGCAGCAGCUCCAAUGGCAUUGAGUAUGAGAUAUUGCGCAUGGAGGGCAUAUCGGAGCAUGGCAACGAUGAUGAUGACGAGGACGAGGACGAUGGUGAUGAUGAUGACGAGGAUGAAGACGAAGAAGAAGAGGAGGAGCAGGAGCAGGAUGAGAAUGAACAAGGACAAGCAGAAGAGGAGCCGCAGGAAGAGGAGAAAGCGAUGGAGGAGCCGGAGCCGCACUACGAGCCACUUGCCAAAAAGCAAAGGAAGAAACAGCGCAGUAGGAGCAGAAGCAGCCAGCGCAGGUCGCCCGCUCCCAGCAGCAGCAGCAGCAGUGUGUAUGGCACACCGCAAAAGAAGCGACUCCGGCUGAUCUUUGGCAACGAGUCCCACACCAUAGACAUUCCACCAGCAGCAGUAACACCGUCAGCAGCUGGAUCAGAGGGCACCACCGCCACCGGAGCCGCUGGGAGCAGCGGCGUGGAUGAGCUCAAUAGCAGUGGCGGCGGCGACGAUGAGUCCUUCAAUGCCUCGUAUGCCAGCAGCACCAGCCUGACGGUCAACACAUCCUCGCAGACGACCAGCAGCGCCGCCAACACCAGCACCAGCUCAUCGUCUGUAGAGGUUGUGGACUCCUCCACGGUUGUCCAUCCGAAUGCCGCCGCCACCGCCACUGCCACUGCCCAAUCGCCAUCCUCCACCACCAGCAGCUCCUUCCAAUCGGCCUGCACGUCGACCACGAAUAGCAAUAGCUACUUUCCCAACGGAAGCAAGCAGCAGCAGCAUCAUCAGCACCAGCGCGAGGAGUCCUAUGCGAUGCACUACUAUCAGCUGGGCAAGUUCGCCAGCACCUCGAGUCCCGGCCAGGGUCAGGCCAUUGUGAGCAGUAGCAGCGGAUCGGGAACGGGCGUUGGAUCAGGGACAGGAGCGACAGGUGGAGGCGGAGCAGGUGGAGGAGGAUUCCUGAGCAUGCCCAAGCAUACAUUCGGCACCUGUGCCCUAUUGGCACCCACUAGCUUUGCCAGUCUGCAGCAGCAGCAGCAGCAGCAGCCAGUGUCCCAGGCACAGUCGCAGAUGAAGUCCAGCGGAGGCGUAGGAGUGGUGGCCACAUCCACAUCCACAACUCAUCAUAAUAACAAUCAUCAUCAUGGCCAGAAAUAACCAAUGACUGAUCUCCAAGCAAAUUGACUAAGCUCAGCUGCCAUUGCCAAGGGCGGAGGAUUGGGAGGAGAAAGAGUGAAUAAGGAGGAGCAGCGCGGGAGCAGGAAGAGAGGCAGGUGAAGAGCAAAACGACAAGGAAGAUGGAGAAGGAUAAGGAAUGGAAGGCGAAGGCAAAGGAGGAGACUUGUUGCGCUGCUGGCGUGUCGCGUUGCCUCUGCUGCUGACCUCUGUGCGAGACCCUUAGUAGCAAACCCUUAGACUAAGCCCUAGACCUUAGCCUUAGCACACACACAAGAACAUAUAUUAGCUAUAUAGAUCUAGCCCAAGUAGAUCUAUCCUAUACCAGAAGCCAGUCCAUUAAUCAAUCCGUUGAGGAAGGCAAGCAGAAGAGCA